AUGGCCGAUAAGAGAAUCGUGGUUGUUGGUGGUUCACUCCAGAAUCGUCAUCUUCCAUCUAACGUCACAGGUCUCACCACCGCGUUGCUGUUAUCCAAAACAGAUGGCUAUAAAAUCACCGUUGCUGCCAAGCACAUGCCGGGGGACUACGACAUCCAAUAUGCGUCGCCUUGGGCAGGAGCCAACUCCAUGCCGGUAUCUGUCGGAGGUACUGACGCUGCGGAGUGGGAUAAAAACACAUGGUUUGCGUUAGAGGAGUUGGCGCGGCAUCACCCUGAUUCAGGAAUUCACUUUCAAAAGGCAAGGAUCUUUAACCGAAAGAAGGAUGUCGGCAGUGACACAGCAAAAUGGUUCUCAGAGCUUCUAUCCCCUGACCCUUGGUGGAAGACUUUGUUCCCCGAGUACAGGCAAAUUCCUCAGGCGGAACUCGGCGCGGAUGUCGACAAUGGGCACCAUUUCAAAUCUGUAUGCAUCAACACGGCGAUAUACCUUCCCUGGCUGGUCUCUCAGUGUCUUCGCAACAGCGUCGUCUUCAAGCGUGCCGUGUUUUCGCACAUCAACGACGCUGCGGCGCAGGGUGUGCACCACAGCGGCCAGGCAGCUGAUGUGGUCUUGAACUGCACAGGCCUAGCUUCCCGCAGCUUGGGUGGAGUUGCAGAUGAGCUAGUUUAUCCCGCUCGCGGACAGAUCGUCGUGGUGAGGAACGAGGCAGAUGAGAUGAUGUCUGUCUCUGGGACCGACGACGGACCCGACGAGGUCAUGUAUAUGAUGACCAGGGCGGCGGGCGGAGGCACUAUCCUGGGCGGAUGCUACCAGAAGCACAAUUGGGAGUCGCAGCCAGAUCCAAGCCUAGCUCUCAGGAUCAUGAAGAGAUGUGUCAAGGCCUGCCCGCAGUUGACAAACGGACGAGGGAUCGAGCAUCUCGACGUGAUUCGGCAUGGCGUGGGGCUGCGGCCGGUUCGGGAGGGUGGGGCGCGAAUAGAGAAGGAGAAGAUCGACGGGACUUGGGUGGUGCACAAUUACGGACAUGGAGGUGCUGGAUAUCAGUGCUCGUACGGGUGCGCGCAGGUCGCGGCGAAGUUGGUGGACGAGGUUUGCCGUCAAGAGAAGGCUCGAUUGUGA